GAAUGCAAAUCUUUAGUUACAUAUUUUAAACAAAGCUCUUUGCAUUUAAAAUUGGAAAAAUCUUUAAAACAAGAAUCUGAAACAAGAUGGAAUAGUAAGUUAGAAAUGUUGGAAUCAGUUUAUAAUCAAUUUGAAUUAAUUAAGGAUAUUCUUAAUGAUAAAAAUGAAUUAUAUAGAAUUGAAAAUAUUGAUUGUGAUAUUUUAUUAGAUUUAAUUAAUUUUUUAAAAAUAUUUAAAGAAGCAAGUAACUGUUUAGAAUCUUCUAAAAAUCCUACUUUACAUUUAGUAAUUCCUUGGUAUAAAACUCUCAAAGAACAUUGUAAAAUAAGUCAACAUGAUAGUGAAGUUUUAAAACAAAUUAAGAAAAUAGUUAAUGAAAAAAUAACUCUUAAAUAUAAAAUUGAAGAGUUACAUAAAUUAGCUAUUUUCUUUAAUCCAAAAAUGAAACAACUUAAAAUUUUAGAUUCAGAUGAUAUAUUAUGGGUAAAAGAUCAAAUUAGAGAACAUUAUUCUUUAAUUUGUGAAGUUAAUAAUAUUGAUUCUAAUGAUGAUAAUGAUGAUUUAUAUGCAGAGUCUCAAAAAAGAUUAACAAAAAAAUUAUGUAAAAAAUCUAGUAGAGAAUUUAUAGAUUUUAGUGAAUAUUAUGAUUCAA